AUGCUUGGUCGUUUACUUGAAAGAAACUCUAUCUACGUUGGUACCAUCUUUGCUGGUGCCUUUGCCUUCCAAGGUUUCUUUGAUGUUGCUAUCAACAACUGGUGGGAUGCUCAUAACAAAGGUAAAUUAUGGAGAGAUGUUAAAGGUAAAUUCAUUGAAGCCGAUGAAGAAGAUGACGAAUAA